AUCAUUGUUAAUGUUGGCGCCAUUACAAGAGGAAGUUGUCUAGCGCCACUUUCAAAAUGGAAUCAACUCCUCGGAGGAAACUGCUUCUUUUUGAUGAGAAAAACGACAUCACUUACUUUGAGAUGAAAGCAUGGAAGGCAGUUGUGCACACAGUCCUGGCGGCCAGUCAGUUGUAUGCCGACAAAAUCGACCAGGGAAGAGAAAUACUCAAAUUCUUCUGUGAACUACGCAUUCAACGCGGGAAAAAGAGAUAUAACUCUCAGUCAAGAGCAGAAAGAUUUAACCAAUGCCUGACAAAGAUCAGUGAAUUCCACAAAGCAGUCCUUGGGGAUAUGGUUAAACAUACAGGCCCAGAUGGACCAUUUGGAGACCUGCUAAUGUCAGACAAUCAUGUGUUCGAGCAACUCCCGAAAAGAGCAGCUGCCAUGAGGAAAACACAUCGUAAGCUCGAGAAGAAUGCAGCAAAAGCAUGGAAGCACUAUGGACGGAGAGUGAGAAAGAAGGAGGACCUAUAUACAAAACUGUCUGGCACCAUGACUGCUGUGGAUAUAGAGCUGGACAGAAAAUACACCAGUUUCAAGUCCAAAACUGAUGCUGCCUUGACAAGAUAUAAUGUCUUUUUCACAAACGAAGUCAAUCAACGAGAGGUCUUAGCUCAGAAAACUGAGAGUCUCAAAGAAGACUUUCUGGAACAAGAGAAAGAGAAGCUUGACGUAAUGUUUGCAUCCAUCAGUAACCUUGUAGAGAGGAUGGAGAAACUCACCCCUCCAUCACUGGGCUGUCUAGAUUAUGAACCAGAGGAGGUUGACACUACAUCAAUGGCUAGAGAAAUAUGGGAAUCCUCCCUGAAGAAACACACAUUCCCAAAACAUCGGGCUUUAGAUGACACGACAAGUACAGAGGAUGUGGAUGUCAUCAAUGAAGAAGCUGAUUCAGAUGAUGAGGACAAGGAAUCAGUUGAUGAUGAUGACUCGGAUGAAGAAUCGGAAAACACAUAUCUCCAGCCUAGAAAGAAGGAAAUCCCCGUGGGCAGCCUUGCUGCUCCAAAGAAUGACCAUCAUCUUGCUGAAGUCCUGGAGGAAAUUUUGAUGUCUGACAAUGAUGAGCCUGUCCAAGAGAGACCACACACUCCAGACAGAGUGUCCACACCUGCAGCUGCUGAUGUUAUUCUGCCCGAAUCUCCCCGAUCGAAUAGAGAAGUCUACAGCCUCAUCAGACAGAGAUCAGCUUAUACUUUCCAAAGUGCAACGCAUGAACCACGUAGACACAAAUCAGCUGCCAACAGGAAGGAAACUAGAGAUCUCAAGAUGGGAUCAGAUUAUCAACCCUCAUCAUCUAGAGAGGAAAAGCACUUAAAGAAUUCACCUUCCAAAAAUAAGGAAUUAUCGACAGAGCAUGCACAACUUCAGGAAACAGUACACACCAAGUCUCAGCCUGAUCGACCUGGCCUUGCAUCUUGUGCGCGAAGACGUCGCAGGGCAGCUAAGGUGGUUCAGAGUCACUCCCCAGGAUGUGACAGCUCCUCUUCUACAGCACAAGGACACAGACAUGAUCAGAAGUCUCCCAGUGUAAAGGUAUCACCAGUACACAGAUUGGACAGCUCCAAGGAGGGGUGGACAUCUAACUCUUCUGGAACAGGACUCUGUGUGUCAACCAUGAGCAGAGUGUCAGUCUUUGCUGUCCAGAACUGGAAGAAGACAAGUCCCAACCAGGUCAGCCUUCGUGUUGGCAUGAAGAUCAAGCAGAUCAGAGCAGCUGGUGCUGAUGGCAUGGCCUAUGGCUACAAGAAGAACAAACUCGGGAUGAGGAUACACGGCUCUUACCCUGCUGGCCUGGUCUCCCUGUGUGUGCCCACAAGAGAGUCUCACCCUAACGAGUAAAUCACGCCCUGAUUAUGAGUAUGGAACAUGGACCUUUGUUGAUAGGAUUGAUACUUUUUGUAUAACAUAUAUAGAGAAAUAAAUGCACUGUGGUAAUAGCAUAUUUGUCCUUGGAGAUGCUACCAGUGUGGGCUUAAAAUAAUUUCUCUUUUUGUGUUGCAUGGAACUAUGAUGAGAGUAUAUUAAUUAUUUUGUUACAUUACACACCACAUACAUAAUAUUAGUAUGCAUUUCUUGCAUUAUAAAAUGUCUAUGCUAUGCAAAUAAGAUAAAACAUAUAAAAAAAUAAUUGUUCUCAUUGAUAGAUAUAUAAUUAAAUGAAUAAAACAUCUCUUCACAUGAUUUGUGAUAUAUACCUUUGUAAUAUAUGUUUUUGAUCAUAUCUUUAUUUGUUACUUGUAUACAUUCAUAUAAACUUGUAUUUAAAGAAAGAGUUAUGUGAAUCUUUGAUUUAUCGUUCGUUUUGUAUAUAUGUAUUCAUCUUUACAUGCAUAUUUACAAUUGUUAACAAUUUGAAAUAACUAUUUCAGAAAUGUGCAAUAAAAACAUGAUAUAUGAUGUUUACCUAUGUGCCAAUGUACACCAUGAAAAUGAUAUAUAAACACUUCUGCAAUAUUUUACGUUUGUUGAAAUGAGGCCACUGGAUUGGGCGUGUAUCCUUGAUACAGUCUGCACCUCCAACACACAGAAUGAUGUUUGGUGCAUCAUUAUGCCCCACCACUGAAUUCUUCACAUGGCCAUGUUGUCACCUGUUUACUCUAUAUACUGUAGACUAUUGUAACUUUGUGUCUUAAAUAAAGUUUUGAAUGGAC